CUCACUUUAAAAGCUAGGCUACAACAAUUCCAAAAGGUCCCAGAAGAGAAUUUCAUCUGCGUUAGGCACUGGCUUGAAACAGAACAUAAACAGAAAAAAUAUCUGCAAAACAGAAUCCCCACUGCAGGAGUGUUCUUAGGGAAUACCGACCACUGUGAACCACAGUGAGACCGGUGAGGGUAGUAUAUAACCCCUCAACAGCGGCCAGAGGGUCAUCACUCUCCGGAUAUCGAGCCGAUACCAAACUCUUCAGAGAUGAAUAGCCUCAUUGCCUUCGCUGCUGUAGCAGUCUGCGUAGCCUCAGCCCUUCCGGUCUUCGAAGACCUCCAAGAGAGUGAAUUGGGUUAUGGUGCGUACGAAGAAUCACCAGUUGCUGAUGAAUUACUGAGGCACAUAAGAUCACUUCCAGGCAACGAAUUCGAAAAUGUUCAGUUAUUCCAAGACGAACUUCUAAGGGAGCAAAGGUCACUUCCAGAAACUGACUUCGAAGAGGUACCUUUGGAAGAUGCGGAAGAACAAGGAGCCAGAUUGAAGAGAGCCACUUGCGACGCCCUCAGCUUCUCUUCCAAGUGGCUGACAGUGAACCAUUCAGCCUGCGCCAUCCAUUGCCUUACAAAGGGCUACAAGGGCGGAAAGUGUGUCAAAACUAUCUGCAAUUGCCGGAACUAAAUGGUUUGCAGAGAGAGCAAACUGAAGAAAACAAACCCAAAGAUAGCUUAUAGCAUGUAAUUAUUUAUUCAAUAAAUUUUUUAAAAAUUAUUAGUUGUUCUUAAUAAUGAAAAUUGAACCAUUUAUUUAAUAAAUCUCUCUAACGGAAAGUAAUUAUGCAUA